AUGCCGGGUGCAGAUUACAAUGCAGUAAAAGGAGGUGGAUUGAAGCUGAAGGCAGGAAAGAAAAAUUUGUUCAAAGUCGGAAAGGAUAAAAAGAAGAAAAAUAAAGACGACGGCGAGAAAAUCGAUCCGGACACCGUAGAAAAUGGUGGAUGGCGAAAAGUAGCAGAUGAGUUCGAUAUGAAAGGAGGAAUCAAUGUGGCUAUCGAGGUGGCAAGUGGUGAAAAAGGAUCGACUCACACGUAUAUCGCUGCUAUGGACAACGGAAAAUUCACAAUUGGAUUCCCACAUCCAGAAGGAGAAGGACCGAAUCCUGAGGAGAUUUUCGCACUUGUCAAGACUCCAGAUGACAAUAAAAUCAGUUUGAAGACUGGAUUCGGAAGAUAUGUCGGUGUGGAUUCAGAAUUCCAACUCGUCGCUUUCUCAGAAGCUAUCGGAGUCAGAGAACAGUUUAUGCUCGUUUUCCAAGACGGAAAAACUGCAUUCCAAGCCGUCGCCUCACCACUUUUCUUGUCUACAGUACCAAGUAAAGAGGGACAUGUUCAUGUUGCGAGUAGAACUGCCACAGAGAAUGAAAUGGUUAAUAUCCGCACAGACGCUGUCAAAGAGGGACCGGUCGACUGGAGAUCCGUCGAAGAUCGAAAAAGUGCUCGUGACUGCGAAACGGCAUACGUGAAGAUGUAUCAACACUCGAAAGUGGAUCUCAAAAAUCGUCAUAUCGCAAUCGACGUUAAAGAUCGAAAAGGAGUGAAGAAGGCGCAGUCGGAGGGAAGUGCUCACGAGCUUCUUCUGGAUAGAAGAAUGAAAAUGAAGUCGGAUCGAUAUUGCUAA